UAAUAAAGGGCUAAUCAAUUAUUAGCCAUUUAAUUUAUUCCUCAAACAGUAACUUAACCGCUGCAAAAAUAAGCCGCUGUAAAUAGACGCAAAUUCUGUAAAUCAGUUCGCACCAGUCGGCGCCCCAUAAGCUAAAGCGCAUGACUGUGUGUGUGCCUGCGUGGGAAAUCACAUAUCACCGAUCAAUGGAAGUUAACCAAGCCAAACCCGCCUGGCUGUCAGUGCGUGGACGUCUGUAGCCUGCGGACCACGGAUGUUGAUUUCGCUGACCUCCAGGCUUUAUCUUCAAAGUCUUUAAGGACAACCAUUUGUGAUUCCAGCGACCUUUGACUCUUGACUCCAAAGCAGUGAUGGGACGUAAACUGGACCUGUCUGGUCUGAGCAAUGAUGAAGCAGAGCAUGUGCUCAGAGUGGUACAGAGAGACAUGCACCUCCGUAAGAAGGAAGAGAAGAGGCUCAGUGAAAUGAAGCAGGAGCUGGAAGAGGAGGGUAGUCGCUGUUUGCUUCUGUCCAAGCAGCACAAGUUCAACGAGCACUGCUGCAUCCGCUGCUGCUCUCCCUUUACCUUCCUGCUCAACCCCAAGCACCCGUGUCUGGACUGCCACUACAACGUCUGCAAAUCCUGCCGCACCUACAGUCAGAGCGAGAGGGGCUAUAUCUGCGCCGCCUGCCAAAAGAGCAGGCUAUUGAGGACGCAGUCCUUAGAAUGGUACUACAAUAAUGUGAAGAGUCGGUUUAAGAGAUUUGGCAGCGCCAAGGUGCUGAAGACCCUCUGCAGGAAACACAUCAUUGAAAGAGGAGCAUUAUCUGAGUUACCAGAGGUGAGUGCUCAAGAAGGCAGUAAUGAUAAUGGCAGUGUUUGUGAUGGCAGUGACUCCACGCUCUACAGGCAGAGUGAAGGUCACAGCAUGGCAGACACGCUCACCGUUGCUCUACGUGUGGCAGAAGAGGCGAUAGAGGAAGCCGUUGCUAAAGCUGAGAGCUACAGAGACAGUCUGGAGAAACAGAAUGAGGCUCGCUAUUUGCGUGACCACAAGGAAGAACUUAUAGAGGAACUUGCCACAACAAUUGUUCAAAAAAUCAUUCAGAGGGGAAAACGGUCUGAGAUUCAGGCUGAGUUUGUAUGGCCUCAGAGUAGUGAGCUUCCUUCCCCUACCGCAACACAAAACACACACACAACGCAGCAUUCACACUCCACCUCUCAGCACGGCGCAGUAGCACAGACCGACAGUACCAGCUCCUAUCCGCUGUGGAAGUCAAGAUCAGCAUUCUCUUUGACAAGUGAUGAUUCUCCAGAGAAGGGCCAUGAGGUGGGCAUGGCCCCAGGGGUCCCGGACAGCACUGAAGUAGAGACCGCUUUCCAGAACUACUCUUCACUCAGGAGGGAGUCCAGAGCAUCAUCACUUCCUGGGUGGAAGAGUGUUGACCGCCUGGACAACUCUAGUGCAUCUCCAGUCCUGCAAUCCCUUGAUGGUAACUGGAUCGCCCUGCAGAGCUCCCAGCAUUCCCGACCUAGUCUGCUGACCAAGCGCAAGAGUCUUGUUUUCAGCGUGCUGGAGAAAGAAUCAGGCGUUGUGUCCGCGUAUGACGAGAUGGGCUCUGAUUCAGAUCCAGAGGACCAGGGGGGCUGGGGGGCUGCCCUGUUACAGUUUCGCAGACGUCUCUCCGAUGAAACGUACUAUACUGACUCUCAACACGACCCUGAAUGGACAUACACCCAACACCCACCCGUUACCUCACCUUCCUCAGGUCAGUACACCAACACGGAGACUCUGAACUCAGACUCGGAGACGUCUCCUGCCCCGUCCAUUCGAGCCCGCAGACCAGCCCAUGGUAUGACGCAGAAGAAGAAAGGGCCGCCUGAAGCACACCUGUAUCCACCCUACAGACAUCCCGCAAACAGUGCCACUUCGCCUCUACUGAGGCCAGAGGUGCUGGAUGUGAACUUUAACCCCCAUCUGGGAGGGGACAGUAGUGACGGGGAGGAGCAGAGCGAGCAGGUCAAAAGAUCACGGAGGCGCAGAAAGAGCAAACGCGAGACACCAGAGCACAGCCGAGCACAUAAUGCGCUUUACAGCGCUGCCACAGCGGAGAACAGUGCCGUCCUCCUCAACGCCAUGAUGAUGCGCCGGCAACAGAGCCAGGAGAGCCCAGUCCCCCUGAAUUACCAGACUCCAGACACUGUGACCCCUCCUGACCUUUUGACCUCUGAUGCCAUGACCCCUGAACCUGACUUUCAGAACACAGUGGCUCACAACUCUAGUGCCGCUAGCCCACCAAUGCUGAGCCAACCGGGGGCCAGCAAACCAGAGUUAAGCAUUCAGGGCCCUUUGCUCAGGGGCUCCUCUGUUAAUGAAACCCUGGAACAGGAACUGAGAUCCAAACUCUGUGAGCUGGUUGGCCAAGUCAACGAGAGGGAUGUGAUGUUAUCUGAUUUGGAGUCAAUCAGGGAAGUGGGCGACAAGCAAGAGGACAGAGUAAGGGAGAAAGAAAGUGAGAAACUGAGACCAAAGGAGAGACGUGAGAGCAAACGAGACAAGAGGGAAGGAAAGUCGAAGGACAUUAGGAAUCCGAGUGAAAGACAAACAGUUAGAGAGAUGGACACAAGUGAUGCAGUAAGACAGAUAAAUAUAGCGAGAGAAAUGAAGAGAGAUAGAGAGCGACAGAAAGAAAUUGAAAGACAAGUAGAGAGAGAGCGAGAGAGACAAAGAGAGCUGGAGAAACAAAUUGAGAGGGACAGAGAAAGACAACGAGAGAUUGAGAUCCAGGUUGAGAGGAAACAGGAAAGACAGAGAGAAAUGGAAAUACAGCUGAAACAAGAGCAAGAGAGACAAUCAGAGAUUGAGCAAGAGAUAGAAAAGAAAAGGAAAAGCAUACGCAUGGAAAAAGAGAAAUUAGAGUCUAUAGUGACUAUGGAAUUCAAGGAGGAAGAGAAACAGGAAUCCUCAGGUAGAAUAUUGGAGCGAAAUAAGAGUUUGAAGGAAGAUUAUGAUGAAACUAAGAAGAAUGAGGAAAAGGUGAAGAGAAUAUCACCACAAAGAAGCCACUCAGAGACAGGGUCAGAAAAACAAGCACAACUUGAGACAAAGACAACAAGGUCUUCAACCACGUCUCCAGACAGUGCCCCCUGUGGUCUGGAGGAGCCAAUGUCUCCAUCAGAGGAGGGUCUGAGUGACCGUGCCCUACAGCAGAGGCUUCAGUUACUCUCCUCUCUCUUACAGCAGAAGUACUCCGCUGCAUCUUUAUGCAGCAUCACCACAGAGGUUCUGAAGGUUCUGAAUGCCACAGAAGAAUUACUUGGAGAGGCAGAAGGCAAAGGUCAUGAGUCUUCUCCGGCUAGCACACCCAUGUCCUCAGGCCCAGGCAACAGGAAGCUGGACGAGCACCUCACUAAAAUGGAGGAAAAUGUGUAUUUGGCUGCAGGUGCUGUGUACAGCCUAGAGGGGGCGCUGAGUGACUUAGAAGACUGUGCUCGCAGCAUCAGCAGCUCCACCACAGAGACUGAACUGGCCUUCCUAGAAGAUCAGGUGGCCACUGCUGCUGCCCAGGUGCAGCAGUCCGAGCUCCAGAUCUCAGAUAUUGAGGCAAGAAUAUCAGCCCUCAAAACUGCAGGUCUAAAUGUAUCUGCAUGCACACGGUUUUCCAAGUGCAAAUCUAAACCUAUGCCCCAGACGCUGGACUCGUCUCGCCAUCAGAGGAGAAAGCUGCCUGCUCCUCCUAUCAGAAGUCUGUCAUCAGAAAAGGAAGUCAAAUCUGAGCCACAGAUGAGAUCUAUGAGGCUGUGACAAGAGGCCAUGUGACCUCAGUGAUUCUCAGAUAAGCUGUAUGGCUCAAUAUCACUCUGCAGUGAAUGCUAGGACCAUCAGGCUGUUCCACACCAGUGCCUUGAUGCAACUUCCGGUCCUCCAAUUUGAUCAGCCCUAAUGCUACUUGUCGACCCUAAGCCCGAUCACAACCCAUGUAGGGUUGAGCUCACUUCUGACCCCUAGGACUCUACCAAACCCUGGAGCUCAUCACCUCCAGUAACCAGGGGACCCGAUUCUCUCUCUCUCUCUCUCUCUCUCUCUCUCUCUCUCUCUCUGCCUUAAUGGAGAUAAAACUCCUACAACGAACCAUCACAGAGGGUUAUAAUUGUAGAUUUAAACUCAUGUAAUUACUGUAUGUGUAAGAUAGAUGGACAGUGGUAAAUGUUAACAAUCUAGGACAUCACCUCAUUCUCUUUUUCUAAUGUUUUACUGAGUGUUGUACAUGUUUGAAUUUGUAUGCUGUAUGUCGGCAAUGUGACUGGGAUGACUAAUGUGACCUGUUUUUUUUUUGUUUUGUUUUUUAUUGCAAAACUGAAGCACAUUCGGUAAAAAAAAUUGAAAUGUAUGAAAUGUCUAUGUGAAAGUAAACACAAAAUAUCUGCAGGACCUGUUGUAUUUGCAUUGUCAUGUUUCUGUUAUUCUCAUAUGUGUCGCAAAUAUCUCAGGAUUCUUUUUCCAAUGGUCAUUUUUGAAGUUUUCUUUAAUGCGCUGUACUCAAAACUGCAUAUAAAAUAACUGUGAAAUUCAUGAUUUAGUCUCUAAAAAAAAAAAAAAGCACUCGACCACCUUGCCAUAUAAUGAGUUUGUGAGUGUGUUUGCAUGAAUCGUAACCCCCCUGUGUAUUCAUACUUGUCUUCGAAUCAGCCUCAGAUAUCCAGUGACCUCUUGAAUAUGAACAUCAAAUCACUGUCAUCUCAGUAUGAAGCACUCUGGUAAUUUGGGUUGUGGCCUUUGUUGACUUCUAAUUCUUCUUUUAUUAAUUAACGUCUUUUAUUCAUCUGAUACACCCAGUUGUUUUUCUCAGAGCACUGCUUUAGUAUUACAUAUAUCCACCUGGAUGUACAUACUUAAAAUACUAAUUUUGGACAUUCAGUCUACAUCUAAAUUCAAUCUAAAACAAUCUGUAAUGUUUCUGUAAAAAUCCGUAAAAAAAAAUUACGUACCACCUAUAUUUUGAAUUACACAUCGCAUUGUGUUGUAUUUUAAGGUUUGAAGCUAAUAUCUGUAAACGUAAUGGAAAAGAUACUGGUCAUAUUCUACCAGGACUUUUUUUUUCUUAAAGAAAUUUUCUUUAUGUUUGUUGUGCUAGUUGGCAUGGAAAACUGUUCCACAGUGCAAAUCACAUGAUCCUAAAUUUGACACUGGGGAAGAUUUUAAGAGUAACUGUGAGCUGUGAACAUCCAUUAGAAAUCUGACAAGAAUAAUUGAGUUGUCCUCAUUUUGAGCAUUUUAUUAAGCAGGAAUCUCCACCUAUUUCCAUGCAGAAUUACAGCUGUGACAUCAAAUACUGCAUCAUAUUGUCUUAGCGAGUGACUAAGAUGACAUCUGUGCUGCAUGCACAAUGUGUGUUCAGAGACAAAAUCACCCUUUUAGCUAACAGAAAUUACAAAAGCCUGAACUAUAUUUAGUUAACAUUAAUAUAUUGUAUGGAAUGUCAAUUUUUGAGCCAAUAGAGAAUAAACUGACAUGAAAUUACAAUUGCACCCCAUAAUCAUCCCCUACUUUUGUCUUCCCCGUUCCACUCUAAUAUCACUCUAAUAGCUGUUCAGCUUUCAUGCUCUCAAAUGGGUCCUGCUCCUUGAUGUUGUCUAUGGAAAUGUUUGUAUAUAAAAGCAUGUAUCACGUUUCCAAUAGAUGUAAAAAGUCCCAUGAAAAGCACAGUCGAGAAAUUGAAAGUGUCUUACAGUGUGAUGUAUUUUUUUCUAUUUGAAAAACAAAACAAAAAUGAAUGCAUAUUUACAUAUGAAUGAAGUACAAAAAGACGAGAUGGAUAUGAAAUACCGUAGGCUCUUUAAGUGUAUUUUGGGUUUGUUGUGACCGCAAGGGCAUUAGUCUGCCUCUUUUCAGAACGUCCUUUGUGUAUUUUAACCAUAAAAUGUCAACGGGGGAAAAAUAAAAUAUUCUGUAGCGAAAAGAAAAAGCCAAUGAAUUCUCAUGUGCCAAAUUUGUUCUGACACAAGCAGUGUUCAAAAAAAUAUGAAUAAAGUUUGCAU